AUGACAAACAUGUCAAAUCUUUCGCAGGAUUUGGUGGAGGAGAUACUCUCUAGGGUUCCGAUAGCUUCUCUAAGAGCGCUGAGAUCUACUUGCAAAGAAUGGAACGAUUUAACCAAAGAUGAGAGCUUUACAAAGAAGCAAACUAGUAAAGCAGCCAAAGGGCUUCUGAUGAUCAUGAUUGAUGAUCAUAGGAUUUCUCUAAUGAGCGCCAAUCUCCUCCAUGGAAACCAUAACCGUGAGGACUUGGUUCAUUCAUCUGCAAAGAUGAUAGGCAGUUUACGUUAUCAAGCCGGGAUAUUUAACGUCUUUCACUGUGACGGCUUACUGUUAUGCGCGACAAAGGACUGCAAGCUUCUGGAGAGAUUUGGACCGGGUAUGCAUCUACCGUUUCACUGGCCUCAUGGAGGAUGCGAUGUUCUGACUCUGUCUUCUGUUAGAGAAGAGCAGCUUGCAUUGCUACAUACGCGCAUGGAUACAAAUGUGAUGGACGUAUGGAUUACGAAUAAGAUAGAGCCCAAUGCAGUGUCUUGGAGGAAGCUCUUCGUCGUAACCGAUGAGCGAAUUGUGUCCCAAGUUCCAUUUCAUAGUGGGAGUUUCUUUAUUGAUGAAGAGAAGAAAGUCCUUGUGGUUUAUCAGCAACCUAACAAGAUAGCUUUCAUGAUUCAAGGGAAUGGAUACUACGAAGAAGUGAAGCUCGGGAGAUCUGAUGAGAGAACACUUGUCUGCUCUUAUGUUCCAAGUUCGGUGCAGAUCCAGCAAGUACAUGCAGGUCGCAAAAAGAAAAGACGCACGAGAUCAUUAAGAUAUUUUACAAAAUAA